CGCGAGGGCAGAUAGAGACCCGCCGGAGCGCGAAUAGGCGAGUCCCUGAGCUUGAGGAAGAAAGCGCGGGAAACGUCACAAGCGCCUCCUCAUUGUCGCUGUCACUCCUGCCGCCUGUGAGGGGACCAGGCCGGGCUUCCACGCCAAGCAACUGCUAGUUUAAUGCUUACUUACCGCACGUCAUAGUUUGGCAGGAGAAAAAGUAGCAAAAGGAACAUCAAUGGCAGUCCCAUCCAGCAGCAUCUUCACCCUCAUCCCCAAUCAGAAGUUUAGACGGAGCAAUCGACGCCCUACAGUGGCUCUCGAGAGCACCAACUCGGCAGAGGUGCUAACUUUGGGUCAUUUCAGAGUCUUACCCUUAGAGAUCUUCCACAUUUUACUAAAGUAUCUAUCAGUUAACGAUAUCAGCAUAAUGAGCAUGGUUUCCAAAGCCAUCAGUGGACAUCUUAGUGGUUACAUCUCUUCACCAGCAGGAAGUCGUCGAUUGCUGCGUCAGGACUUCCACUGUGCUGGUUUGAUGGAGUUGAGGAAAGAUGCUCCCAUUCUUGAACACUACAGAGCCUUAGGUUUAUUGUUUAAGAGGUGCACACUGCUUCUACCCACCAGAGAGAGACUGAAGUACAUUCACAAGAUGGUUUCAGAAGUCUCUUGCUUUAAACUCUGUGGCUGCCUAUCUCCUACCCAAUGCCUGGGGCUCUUCUGUUAUGGAGCAUUUUUAAAGAUUCUUACAGCUGGCUGGGAUGAGCUAGAGUGUCACAGAGUCUAUAUUUUUCUUUGUGAUUCUACUAAUUUACCUCGUAAGGUGCAGACUCUAGUUAACAGCAAGCCAGGGUCAUCACGUAAACUAGAGCUUCGUGUGCGUCUCUUUUGUCGCAACGUGCUACUGGAUCACUGGACCCACCGCAGCGAUACUGCUUUUUGGCUGAGCCGACUGCUUAAACCAUGGCCAAUGGUAAACCAGGCACGCCUACUUUACAUUGUUUUUGGACCAGUCUCAGCAAUAGAUGGACAUGUGGCCUGGCUAAAGAUGACUGAAGGAAUGAGUGAUGAGAUCAGCCUAAAAGGUCUAGCUGAUGCUAUCAAGCUGCUCUAUGACACAGAAGCUAAAGAAUGGACCGCUGAUGAUGUUAUUAGUCUGGUGGAUGAACUUACAGUGCUCCCUCAUGAGUGGCUCCUGGAAAACAAUGUUCGCCUGCUCAUCCUGAGUGGUAACAGCAUUUGUUUCACCUUCAUGGCUAGCAAAGCUGUUAAUGGACGGACAGUAGAUCUUGCUAGAAUGGUUGCUUUCCUUGCUCUGGUUUGUGAAAAAGAUUUGUACUGCAUGGACUGGGCAGUGAAAAUGAUGCAGAAGGUCUGUAAAGUGUUUGGCACACAACAGGAGAGAAGGAGCUUCUUGCAGAAUGUGGAAAACUCGUUUGCGCGUAUCAUCAUGGACUUGUUGCAGUCUGUAAUCUCAGGAGGCCGCAAUGAAGAGGACAGCAGCUUCCUGAACCUUUUUCAUCUGGUUAAUGCUCAGGCAAAUUUUCACAAGGAGAUCCUGUACUUGGCUCUUAAUUCCCCUUCUGUCUGAGAAUAAUACAUCCAGAGACUUUUGCAUGCCUGGAAUAUGUAAGGUGAAGUGUUUCAGGUAAAACUGCAUUGACUAUAUGGCUAGUUGUGCAGAAUUACUAAACACUACUCAUGAGCUCAUGUAGUGAAUCUACCUAGUCAUCUACUGGAGUGGUGUAGUGGUGUGUAUGGUUUCUAAUUUACCCCCUUCCUAAAUACCUAGCAAGUAUUAGAGUACUGUACAAAGCAAUACUUAAUGCUUAUAGUGUCUUUAGCGUUAUCAGUAGCAGGUUGUGGCCUUAUAAAAAGUUGUUUGAAAUAUUAACAUACUAUGGCCAUAUAAAGACAUAGCUAUCAGACAUAUGUCUGCUUCUUGUUUUAUGAAAGAUAGAGAGGCAGAAGAGAAAUAUAAAGCCAAAGACCAGUGUUAGAACUAGAGAUUUUAUUUUUCUGCUUACUUUAAACCUUGCACCAUUUUUGACCAUUGCUUAACACAGACUUAUCUAAGUAAGCUAUUUCUAUAAUAAGAAAGUAUUUAUUAUUUUCUUCUAUGGGGUGGUUAUGGUGUGAUGAUAAUUUAUUUCCGUGAUUCUUUUCUUGUGAAAGACAGGCACUCCUCAACACUAGACAAUGCAUGGUUUCUUAACAUAUAAAUAUUGAGUUAUGGCUGUGUAUGCAGUGUUUACAUAGGCUUUACUUGCUCUGAUGGCACUGUUGCAUUAUGGGUUUUUGAAAAGUUGCCAGCAACUUUCUAUAAACUACAUGCCAGCAACUUUCUAUAAACUACAGCUUUAGUAUAAGGCUAUAACACUCGACUAAUGAUGCAAUUGCAUUGGGAAUACUUGUUCUUAACUCGGUAUUUAUUCAUUUUGAACCCAGGGGUGUCAUACAGUGGUUUGAGCCACACUAUCAGCUAAAAUUCAUGUUCUUCACUAAAUUGGCUUUUCAAAAUAUAAUGUAUAUUUUGACAGAUACAUACUACAGUUUUUAGCAGGGCUGGCACUCGUGUUUAAACACCAUUAUAUUCAGCCGGUGCCCUCACAAACAUCGUGAUACUCAUCUUGCGGGUGCGGCACUCCAGGCUUCGCAAACGAACACACAGAACUUCAGUUGGAUCUCAUUAACGUUUCAGUUCAUUUAACGGUCAUCAGAAUAUUCUGAUGACAGAAUAAUAUACACACACUUAUCUAUAUGUACUUAAUCUGAUACACCUUUAGUUUUGACACUGUUGUUUAUGUAUUUUAAAUACAGAGAAAUAAAAGCAUAUGUGCAGUUGUUUAUCUUUUUCCUAUAUGUGUUUCCUAAGUAGGUGAUAUGGUCUGAAUGAAGAAAUACUGUAUUUACAUUGUUUCUUGUUAUGAUAGGGGAUGAUACACCUCUGAAACUUUGCGAAUAAAAUCAUCUUAUUUUUA